GAUGCUAUAAUAGUCUUUCCUGGUCGUUUUCUUGCAAUUCCAACUCCUGACUCACAGUCAUUUUGACGGAACAAGAUGGUUUUAUACUGCCAAGGGCGUGGUAGCCCGUGCUAAGGGGCGUGAUGAGCUGGAAACUGCUCACAUCACCUGCCACCGCUUACGUCACUUGCCACCGCAACAUCCAAUAGGAAAAAUCAACUUCAGUAGCCACCACUGUAAGCCAUGAACAAAUGAAGAGGUGGAUAAUAAAAACAUGGUCUGUAAGCAUUGCCACACUGUUCUUAAAUAUUCUAACAACACAACUAACUUGCACAACCACCUAGCUCGACACCAUGCAGAUCUAAUGCAGCAAAAACAAUCCAGCGUGGCUAAGCCGGUUGAUUCUAAACAGACACGACUCGACAAAGCCUUUCACUGCAAAUUUCCUUCAGGCUCCGUUCGUGCACAGAAGAUAACAUUUAUUUUUAUAACAAUACACCAUACUUUCACCCAUAACGAUUAAUUAAAACGGUUAAAUGGGUAAAUACAUAUUUUUUAUACUUAAUUUUCUUUUCUGGCAUAAUUGUUAAAACACUAGACAUUGGCAUUGUUGUUAAAUCUCUCGACAUGCUUAUUCUGUGCAUUUUGAGCACAUUUUGUGUUAAAUCACAUUAAUUUUGUUCAUCAAAAGUGUGCUUUCACUUUAAUUGAACGUGAGCAAAAAUAGACCGAACGCCGAAACCCCUGCUGCAAUGCUGUUCACGCGACGCUCCUGCUUGAUGCUCACACGCUGCUCCUGGUCCCGGUGUGAAUGCACUCAUUGAUUAACAUGGACGCCGAAAAAAAAAAAGCACUGCUCGCGUGCCGCUCAUGCUUGCGGUGUGAAAGAGGGGUUACGCCCAUAUAGUGUUGUUGAUACAUGGUCAACACACUUGAGCCACGGUACACCAUACCUACGCGUAAACGCAUUACAGAAGUGGCCAUGCCAAAGCUUUACAUGUAGGUUAAGAUGGAGGUUUUGGAGUCCUUAAUGUCGGUGGAAAAAGUGGAGCUUACCUGCGAUGGCUGGACCUUGAAAGCGACCGACCCGUACGUAACCAUCGAGUCUCAUUUUAUUUCAACUGAUUGGGUUUUUGUGUCAAACAUCCUGCAGACCAGAGCACUCUUUGAAAGCCACACAGGGAACAAUAUUGCUAAAUUGCUCACCAAGGCAAUGAAUGAAUGGGGUUUGAAUGACAAAGUGCAAGCAGUUGUAACAGAUAACGCAGCUACGAGCAGUUAGACUGACAGAGACAUCGCACAUUGACAGAGACAUUGCACAUGUUUUGCACAUGUCCUAAACUUGGCAUCACAGGCUGCUCCCGAGAUGCCUGCAGUAUCAAUGCUUCUAGCCAGACUGAGUCGGAUCUCCGCAUUUUUCCACUGGAGCACCAUAGCCAGCCACAAACAAAACAAAAAAAACAGAAACUGCUGGUCCUGCCACAGCACAAGUUAAUGACCGAUGUACCAACACGUUGGAAAAGUGCAUUUGACAUGGUGGAAAGAUUUUUAGAACAGCAAGCUGCUAUCUCUGCUGCACUAUUGCCCCUGCGAUAAGAAAACAAGAGAAAGAUCUGAGCUCCCUUAAAGAGGCAGACAUAACAGCAGCAGAGGCUGUUGCAUUGGCUCUGAAGCCGCUGAAGAACCCCAACUCUCUCUGUCAUCCUCCCUCUGAGAGCAAGGCUUCUGGAAGAGGUGCAUCCGGCCCCGAGUGAUCCCGAGAUGGUGAAGGAGAUGAAAUCUGCUGUGCAUCAGGAUCUCCAGAAAAGGUACACAGGCUUAAAGGAUCAACUCUACUUAGCUUCUGCCUUGGACCCACGCUUUAAGGCCCUGCCUUUUUUGACUGAUGAUGAGCGUGAGGAAGUCUUCGCCCAAUUCACUGAUAACAAGACACUGGCAACUGAAAAAAGCUCAGUAAUUACUGUAUAGUGUGAAUAAAAACUAUGUAUUUUUAUUAUUGAUACACCGCAAUUAUGAAUUUAAACCUAACUAUAUUUUUAUAUACACUAUUUCGAAAAGGGUGAUAACUAUUUACAAUACAAUUCUUUUGGCCUCUGCAUUUAUUGGUCAACUCUGUUGAGAAAGCAGUGAAGCAGAACCAACUGAGGACUCUGGACCCCCAACCAAGAAGAAAAGAGACUCUUGUGCAUUAGCAGAUCUCCUUGGGCAGACAAAAACUUCAGAAGCAGACUCCAUAAAAAUGAGAUGAUGCAGUAGAUGAGGUGAUGAAGUACAAAGAGGUAAAACCAGUACCACCCAGAACUAUUCCACUCAGCUGGUGGAAGGAACAUGAGGUGGAAUUCCCUCUUAUGUCAUACCAAGCUAAGUGAUACCUCUGUAUUCCUGGUAGUAGUGUACGAGCUGAGAGAGUCUUCUCAACAGCUGGUGACAUUGUCACAGCCCAGAGAAGUGCACUGACGCCUGAGCAAACAAAAACCUGCAUGUGCACUAGUUUGAUAACAAAUGCUUCAGAGUUAAAAUGUUAUUGUACUAAAAGGUUAUGAGCUAUAUGAUGGAAACGUCUGUAAUGUAUCCCACAUAGGCACAGUAAAUAAGCCAAAGGUUCUCUGAUCAGCUUAUGUUUACAUUUCUUUUAUAACUUGAAUGUAUAGGAAGAAAUAUACUUUCUGCUACUUACAGUUACAUGCACUUUAGAGGUGUUAAUAAAGCACCUGUUUGUUAUAGUUGUUAUUUGUAUUCAACACAUGUACAAUAUUGUACAGUUUGUUCUUCUAAAUAAACCAUGACAGGAAACAUGCUGGGGUCAAUUUGUUCUUAAACAUUGGUAAUACUGCACACAUUAUUUAAAAAUAUACUCAAGUUCUUAAUUACGUGUGUAUUUACUUAUUAUUGAAUCGAUAUCGAAGCUGAUAAAUCAAUAUCCAAUCAAAAUCGAAUCAAAGCCUCAAGAAUCGAAAUCGAAUUGUUAAAUCCCUAACGAUACCCAGCCCUGCUUUCCACAUGCACAAGCUUUGAUGAGGUAUCUCAUUGUCUGGACAAUAGGUGCGUUUACAUGGACAAUUUUUGCUUCCAUCAGAAUGAAUUCAUUUUGAUUAACAAAUCCGAACGUGGUGUUUACAUGAACGCUAAAUAAAGUGAUCGGGAUGAUAUGCGCGUUAAUGUCAGAAGUUUCUGAUUGGAUUUACUCUUUUGACAUGUGCACAAUGCAUGAAUAUAUAGAGUUUCCCAUUGCUGUCGCAUACUGUUUUAAAAGCACAGGUGAUAUUUUUCUACUUAUAACAAAAAUGCAAACAAACAGACACACAGAGAUUCCUGCCUUUAUUAGAGAAAAUAAUAUGUUUAGCCCCCUCCCUCCGAAACGUAUGAUAUUUGGUUUUGAUUAUUACUGAAAUUUUGAAGCUCAAAAAAAAAUAUAGCUGCAAGCAGCGAUGGCGGGCUCAAGCCACCAAUGCCAUCGCCACCCCGGUGGCAUCAGGUAAAGUGUGCCCAGCGGGCACAUGCAUUCAUAAUAUCCCUCUGGCAGUGAGCUUUUAAAGGAUAUGGCAUGUGAUGGCCUGUUGGUCAGGACUGUUUCCUUGUGUAUGGUAUGUUCUCUGUUGCAGGGGGCGUGGCUAUCAUUUGUCAGCGAGAUUGGGGACACCUGGGCCCAGGUGUUUCACGCCUUUAUAAACCUGCCACUCUCUUUGUGAAGAGAGAGCCCUUCUCUCCCGUGCACUGGUUGUUUUGUUCAUGCAACACGCAACAGUAUACGAUCCAUUCAUUCAAACAUGCACCUCAUUCUACUGACUUUACUGAUUCUCACACGUCACUGUUGUAUUAUGUUAUGUUAGUUGUUGUAUUGGUGUUUUUGUUCAGUUAAUAAAUUUUAUUUUUGUGGGUUAAAACUGCGUCCUUUUAGUUUUGUCAUGGCUUUAGAGCCAGGUCAUGACAAGUGGGGGCUCGUCCGUUGGUUUUGAUCCGUUAUAUCGCUUAAUUGUUAUUUUAUUAAGUUAUGGAGUAGGUGUUGUAUUGUUUUUGGUUUUGUUUUGCGAGGUCGGGUCAGAAUAUUGUGUAUAGUGUGUCGUCAUACUGUACGUCAGCUGAUGUUGAGGAUUCAUUAUUGCUUCGAUCAGGUGUUGGAAUCCUGAGGCGGCAAAGUGGCUUUGUUUGAAGCGGACGCAGUUGAAACUUUGUGUGUGGUGAGUUUGGUUUUUUUUUUUCUCUCUCUCUCUCUCUCUCUCUCUCUCUCUCCUUCUCUCUCUCUUUUUUUUCGACUUUGGUGCGCAACAAUUCAGGUAAAUAAGUGUAUGACUGUGUUACUGAGUUAUUCAUGGGCUGCAAUCGGUGUCCCUGUUAGGUGUAGUGGCGUUGCUCUUUUGGAUUUUUUUUUUUUUUUUUUUUUGGGCUGGGUUUUGUAGUGUUGUGGUGAAGGCGGUUAGAGCAAUUGUCUCGGGCGCACAUCCGUGGUCUGGGGCGAGUCGCCAGGUUCUGGUUGCUUGUCCUGUCCAUCGGGCGUUGGUGCUUAAAUGCCCACCGCCGGUAACUGCAUGAAGAGAAAGGUUUUAGUUUAGGUAGGUAGCUUUUGGGGGCUGAGUUAGUUAGGGGGACAUCCUUUGCUUUUAGAUCUUGGCCAUUGUGUGUUUUGAGUCAUAUACUUGCUGAGCUGUUUUUGCGCAUUUUGAUAAUGUCGAUUGUGGAGGAAUUUAUUGCUUGUCCGUCGGACAUUUGUUGAACACAGGGUUCCAACGAAUUAUAUAGGGACUGGGAUGAGUACAAUGCUUGAUGUUUCGUCUAGUACAAAUAGAGUUUUUCAGUCCGACGGGGGUGGUGGUUCACGUGAAGCGGAUAAACGUUGCAACUAUUGUCAUAAACGCGGUCAUUGGGAGGCUGACUGCUACAUGCUUAAGGCUCAUAAGAUAAAAUUUGUUCCAGGUUCUCAGGUAAAAGGCGCGGGCUUGGCUGUGCCUGGAAACCUGACAACCGGAGAUUCGGGUUACCCUGUAGACAGCUCGUGUUCAGCUGCUAUGAAGUCUUAUUUGCCGUUUGUGAGAAGGGGUUAUGUGAAUCUGGUUGGCAGUGAGGUAAAAGUGCCGGUGAAUAUUUUGAGGGACACGGGAGCAUUUGAUUCAUUUAUUCAGGCAGGCGUGUUACCUUUAUCCAAAGAGUCUGAAAUUGGCAGUUUUAUUCCAGUUCGUGGAAUGGGCUUGAAUGUUUUGUCUGUACCAUUACAUAGAGUGGUUAUUGAUUGUGAUUUGUUUCAGGGCGAAGCUGCGCUUGCUGUGCGCCCAGCGCUGCCAAUUGAGGGAGUCUCUUUGAUUCUCGGUAACAAAUUGGCGGGUACUCGGGUUUGGCCUGAUGUUAUUCCGCCCAUCAUUGCCGAGUUGGCGCCGCAGUUGAGGCAAGAUCCUGAUGAAUGCCAACGGGAUUUUCCUGAGGCAUUUGCAGCCUGCGCUGUAACCCGCGCUAGGGCGCGUGCCAACACUGAGCAUGAAUCUGUUUUUCACACUGGUAAAGGUUUAAAAAAGUUGUCAUUGCCUUUGGCCGAUUUCCCUGUAUCUCUGUCCCAUAGUGAGUUGGUGGCGGAGCAGCAAUUAGAUUCUUCACUGACAGGAUUGUAUGAUCAGGUCAGGCCUGACGGGGAGGUCGAGGACAGCGCCUGUGGAUAUUUUCUGCAGAAUUCUCUGUUGGUGAGAAAAUGGACUUCGCACAGGGGUAAUGUGGUUGGGGACCCUAUCUUCCAGCUUGUUCUACCAGCUAAGCUUAGGCAGUCAGUGUUAAAAAUUGCACACAAUGAGUCGGGACACUCUGGUGUGAAGAAGACAUAUGAUCGUUUGUUGAGACAUUUUUUUUGGCCUUGUUUAAAAAGAGAUGUUUCCUUAUAUAUUAAAACGUGUCAUACGUGUCAGCUGACAGCCAAGCCUAAUCAAGUUUUGAAAUCUGCCCCACUGUAUCCCAUUCCUGCUGUUAGUCAGCCAUUCGAGCAUUUGAUUAUCGACUGUGUUGGCCCUUUACCGCGAUCAAAGUCUGGCGCUGUCUAUUUAUUAACGGUGAUGUGUCAGAGCACCCGCUAUCCAGUCGCAUAUCCGUUGCACACUAUUUCAGCCAGGUCAGUAGUUCGUGCUCUUUCUCAGUUUAUUUCAAUUUUUGGUAUUCCAAAAAUAGUUCAAUCUGACCGAGGGUCAAAUUUCUGUUCUCAUGUGUUUGCGCAAGUUUUAAAACAACUUCGAGUUCAACACAAUCAAGCCUCGGCCUAUUAUGCACAGAGUCAGGGGGCGUUGGAACGCUUUCAUCAGUCAUUGAAAUCACUUCUCCGUUCAUACUGCACUGAGUUGGGUAGGGAUUGGGAAGAAGGGUUACCAUGGUUAAUGUUGUCGGCCAGAGAGGUAACGCAAGAAAGCCUUGGGUUUAGCCCAAAUAAACUUGUAUUUUCCCACACUGUUCGUGGUCCAUUGGCUGCACUGGCCGACCAUUGGAGGGAGACAGAGCCUCCUAAGAAUUUAAUUGACUUUGUGAAUGGUUUUCGCCAUCGUCUGUAUACUGCAGGAAAUCUGGCUAAAGAGAAGUUGACUUCAACACAGGUGAAAAUGAAGUCCUGGUAUGAUAGGAAUACAGAGCGGAGAGUUUUUAAUCCAGGUGACCAGGUGCUUGCUUUGUUCCCUAUUAUCCAGUCGCCAUUCCAAGCCAAAUUUGCAGGACCUUAUAUGGUGGUGAAACAAGUGACGGAGCAAAAUUAUGUGAUUGCUACACCGGAUCGCAGGAAGAGCACACAACUUUGUCAUGUGAAUUUGUUAAAACCCUAUUAUUCCCGCAUGCCCCAGCCGUCACUGUGUUGCGCCCCAUCAAGUGUGGAAGGUUCUAGGUCAGAGGGUGUGUCUGGGAUCACGUUGAGAGAUUAAUUAGGUGGUCCCUGUUCCUGCAAUCGUAUUGCCUGGAUGUCCGUUACAUUAAGGGGACUGACAACGUGGUGGCAGACGCGUUGUCUAGAGCUCCACAGGUUUAAUCUACGGGCUUAAGGUUCCCCUCCUGUUUUUUUUUCCCCAAAUUCCCAAUUUGCUUCCUAGGUGCACGGAUUGCUGAGCUAAGGAAGUGGUAAAGGGGGUGGUGAACUGUGGAACCGGACUGAUUAUGGUCAAGUAAGAGGUUUGUUGUUUUUAUGUAGCUUUGUUUAAUAAUCACGUUCAUAUAGUUUUUUUUUUU